AAAUACACGUAUAUGCAAUAGAAUGUUCCAACAUGGCGACCCGCGGCAGAUCAUCGAACCACGUCGGAACUGGUGACCAAAACGGCAAGUUUGCUGCCCCAAAAUACUCCUCAAGAACGGUUGCUUGGCUCAGGAAAGAGCUUAGGGCUCGUGGACUCUCUGCAUCAGGGCUAAAAGUUGAUCUGGUGGCUAGGCUGGAGGAGGCAGAUAAGAGUAUGUCCCACACAGCAAACGACAUCCAUGUAAGGAGAGCACAAUUAGUGGACGGAGAGGCCGUCAACUCUCAGUCUCAGGAGGAAAACGUGGCAAAUGCAGGGAGUGAAAAGAGCAGGACUUCCAACUCAGAAGCGGCCCUAAAACAUCAACGAGAAAUGGAGAGACAAGAGCGAGAACAGAUUGUGUUGUGGAGACAACCAUUCACAACCUUACAGUACUUCACACUGGAGACUGCCAUACUGUUCCAUGGGUACCUCUUAAGACUGAUGGAAAACAAAGGAAAGGUGCUGAUCAGCAUUCUGCUCACUCUGUUGCUUGUUGCUCUCUACCAUACACCUGGGGCCCACCAAGAGUAUGUAGUGUUGAUGGAGAAGAAGCUCCAUUGGUGUGCUUACUGGGUCUUCCUAGGGAUCCUGUCAUCAGUAGGACUGGGUACAGGUCUGCACACCUUCCUACUGUACCUGGGUCCUCACAUAGCCCAGGUGACUAUGGCUGCGUACGAGUGUUACUCUGUCGACUUCCCUGAACCACCGUACCCAGACCAAAUCAUCUGUCCGGACGAGAUGGAGGGAACCCCCAGUAUAUGGGCCAUCAUUGCAAAGGUUCGACUGGAGGCGUGUAUGUGGGGUAUAGGUACAGCCAUUGGCGAGCUGCCUCCUUAUUUCAUGGCCAAAGCAGCGCGCUUGUCUGGAGACGACCUGGAUGAAUUUGAUGAUGAUGAGCUGGAGGAGUUUGAGGAGGUCCAACAUGCCAGAGAAUCUGGAAACCUUGCUCAGCAGGCCUGGAGCACAAGAGUAAAGGUGGCCGUCACCAAGCUGGUGGAGAGGGUCGGCUUUGUGGGCAUCCUGGCUAUGGCUUCCAUCCCAAACCCCCUGUUUGACCUGGCAGGGGUCACCUGUGGUUACCUGCUGGUUCCCUUCUGGACCUUCUUCGGUGCCACCUGUAUUGGCAAGGCUGUCAUCAAGAUGCACAUACAGAAAGUUUUCAUCAUCACCAUCUUCAGUGAACACCAUAUAGAAACUCUAGUGAGCCUCAUAGGGCAACUUCCCAAGAUUGGGCCGUCUUUAACAGCACCAUUCCAAGACUUCCUGGAGAAGCAGAAGAAGAAAUUCCACAUCAAGCCUGGCACCAAUGUACCCUCAGAACCCAACUGGCUGUCCUACGUUUUUGAGAAAGUCCUGAUCCUGAUGAUCGCAUACUUCGUCCUGUCCAUUGUGAACUCCACCGCACAGAGCUACCACAAGCGCAAGUCAAAGGAAAACCAUCACAAGCAAAAAGUUUAGCUAAUAGACUGGUAAAGGACCAGACAAGCCAUACGUUUAUGGUAGAUUUGUUAUGAGCAUAUCAAAGCAACAGUUUAUUUGCUUAGUUACACAUUUUAAAGUGGGUUGGAAAUUUACUCCAAAUAACACUUGUCUGGUUACUUUAAGCCUGGAAACAUACUGGACACAUGAAAUAAGCAAUGUAACAUUUGUAGUCAACUUUCUCAGUAAUUGCAUUAGUUGUGAUAGAAAUGUACUAUGUACGUAUUACAGCAUAGAAGGAUGCAUACUCUUUAAAUUGCCAUGUAAAACUUAUUGAUGUGUAUUAAGUUUUACAAAGUUUUAAACAGCCUUCUAAAUAUCAGGGAUUGAAUAUUGGAAAUGCCUCUCAAUAUUCAAAUUUACCAGUGUUGAAUGGUCUUGUUUUGGGUCCAAACAAUAGUUGUGUAAUUUCAGAUACAUGAAGGUAUCAAGCUGUGUAGUUUGGAGGGGAAAAGCUGUAAUAGUUGUAGCCAGAUAUAUUUCUUUAAAUUUUGUUCUUCCCCUACAGCCUCCCUGGUUGGUUAGUUAAUACAUGAUGACGUCUUCUUUUAAAGGCUUUUCAUCUAUUUUAGACACAUUUGCCAUGUUCUGUAAAAAGGAGACAAACUUCCUAGGAUUAGGAGCUUAAAAUAAUAUUAGAUUGAAAGUACAUUGAUGACAGGUCAUCAGAAUUGUUCAAUGAUACUGGAAACAUCUAGCCUGGGUACCACCCUUCGUUGUAACCGCUGGCUCCAUUCCCUAGCAAGUAAGCAAGGAAGGGAUUGAGCUAGUGGUUACCACAGAAGUUGGUACAUAGGCUGGGAAAUAGAAUAUCAAAUUCUCUUCAAUAUUUACCCUACUUCUGCCUUUGAUGAUAGUAGGAAUUCCAUUGCUUAUAGUACAAUGCUGUUAUAUAAUCAAAACAGUCAACUUUUGCUACCUUUGCUAAUGUGCAAUUUUUAACAAUAAUUGGGGUAUGUUCCUGAGUAAUGAGAAGGAUAGGGAAUUUGAAGCUACUGUAAUGUUGGUAGAUUGUUCCUGAUAGAGUUGAUGUAUAUUUGGUACCAGUCCAUGAGUAGUUUAAUCAGGUUGGUUCUAGAUGAUAGAAUUUGAUAAGGUAAAGAGGUUAAGAAGACAUUGGCAAUGCACAACAAGGUAACUCCAAAUCCAAUGUCAAAUUUGUUAAGUGUUGGUCUAACCAUUACAAGUCAGCGUUGAAGUUAAUGGUAACAAAGAAUAUGGUCAAGGAAGAUGAAGUCUCAAACAACAAACUGAUUUUCUGUUAAAACUGUGCCAAACAGUGUCAGUGUUCUAGCCAGCCUGAACUUUUUCCGUCCCCUAGAUUUUAAAUGGAAACUUGUUUAAGUCGAAACAAUCCUAGGGAAAUUUUGAAAUCUAGAUCCUCUGAAAUACACUUUUGUUUAUUUUGAGGGGCAAAGUUUGCAGGUAAACUCAGCUUGGUUCAAAUAAUAUCUUUACAUGCUGAUUUUUGUUCAGCACAGAGGACGGGAUGAGCGAAAUUUAUGUCUGUCCCCAACAGCAAUAUUCUGUCAAAGGACGGUUGCUGGCUAGAACCCUGGUGCCAAAUAACCUGAAAACUGCAUUUUCUUAAUCCUCUUCUACAAGAAUAUGACAAAUUCAAUAAGACAUACAAGUUGAUGCUGACUCUAUAUUCUCAAAAUUAUUUUUAAAGGUAUUGAGUUAACCCAUGAGAGUGUAUAAAUCAUUUUGGCUGUAAAUAUUUUUUGGAACAGUUUGUACCCUGGUGAUGUGCAAUGUUCUGUGCUUUGUAUGGUGAUAGGAUAAACUUUGCAUUUCAUGACUGUUAUGUUAUGUUAUGGUAAAAUAUGGGAUAACUUAGUUUCCAUUUCUGUUACUGGAGUAAUUAACAUCUACAGGGUUAGCUAAGUUUGUAGUUCCGCAGGGCUUCGUACAUGUACAAUGUAUACUGCACUAAUGUUCUUUUAUGGAAAAAAUUUACUAGUAUUUCAAAAUUGAUGGCAGAGUUCAGAGAAUUCACAGUGUGACUAUCAACAUAUUAGGAGGGAAGCCAAAAUAUGUCUCAAAGGGACAAGUGUCAUAAAAUAUUGGUCCCUGAAGUAGUGAUGUAUUGUCUUGACAAGUGUAAGUGCCUCCUGGUUAUAUGCAAGCAUUUGGUGUGAGGUUGGACACACAUGUGACAGUUCUGUGCUAGUCCUGUGUUGCCUAUAGGUAGCUACAAGUUUACAAUAGACAAAGUACUAGUGUGUAAUGGCUAGUGGGGUAGGUUUUGUGAGAAUGUAGUAGGUGAAACAUGGCAGAACAAUGAGGGGAU